UAUAGUGUUACUGUAACACAACAAUGCUACUUAGCAUCGCCUGAGCGUUGAGAAGAUAAUAGGAAUAGUCAUUUAUUAUACCUCAAAUAUUAACCGAAAUUUAAAAAAAUGUCACUUUCAACAGCGCGAUCAUUUCUAUCGGAGGCUUGUUAUGGGGAGCAAGAACUAGACGCUAAUUCCGCUCUUAUGGAGCUGGACAAAGGACUGCGGUCAGGGAAGCCAGGAGAGCAGUGUGAAGCGGUGGUGUUGUUCCCCAAACUCUUCCAGAAGUACCCCUUUCCCAUCCUAAUCAACUCAGCCUUUCUAAAACUAGCUGAUAUCUUCAGGCUCGGCAACAACUUUCUGCGUCUGUGUGUGCUGAAAGUGACACAACAGAGCGAAAAACACUUGGAGAAGAUCCUCAACGUUGAUGAAUUUGUUAAAAGGGUGUUUUCGGUCAUUCACAGUAAUGACCCUGUGGCCAGAGCCAUCACUCUGAGAAUGCUCGGUAGUUUAGCGUCCAUUAUCCCAGAGAGGAAGAAUGCCCACCACAGCAUUCGACAGAGCUUAGACUCUCAUGACAAUGUGGAAGUGGAGGCUGCUAUUUUCGCUGCUGCGAGUUUCUCUGCACAGUCAAAAGACUUUGCAGCUGGAAUUUGCAACAAAGUCAGCGAGAUGAUUCAAGGUUUGGACACUCCGGUUGAGCUGAAGCUGAAGUUGAUCCCUAUGCUGCAGCACAUGCAUCAUGAUGCCAGUUUAGCAUCCAGCAGCAGAGAGCUUCUGCAGCAGCUGGUCAACUCCUACCCUUCCACCCCCAUGGUCAUCGUUUCUCUGCACACCUUUACCCAGUUGGCUGCCUCCUCUCUCAUCGAUAUCCCCAAGCAGUUGGAGCUCCUUCUUCAGUAUCUGAAAGAUGAUCCGAGAAAAGCUGUAAAAAGACUCGCAAUUAACGACCUAAAGCUGUUGGCUAAAAAGGCACCCCACCUAUGGAUCAGAGAAAAUACUCAGGUGCUGUGUGAGUGCGCUCUGACCAUCCCGUACAACAGUCUGAAGCUGGGGAUGUUGGCUGUCCUCUCCACCCUCUCUGAAACAAUAGCAAUCAAACAGUAUUUCAGUAACGCAGCUGGUGGUGCUUCAGUUCCCCCUCGGCUCACUGACCUGGUUAAACUGGCACAAGAAUGUUGUUACCAUAGCAACCUGGUAGUGGCUGCUCACGGGGUCAUUGUGCUGUGCAACAUCACGAUUUCCUGUUCGGAGAAAGACAGCGUUCAGCUGGAACAGGACACGGUUUUGGGAGUGGAGUCCCUCCUGAUGCUGUGCAGUCAGGAUAGCAGCUCCAGUGCCCAGGCCACUCUCAAAACGGCCCUGACUUCGUUGGUGAAGCUGCUGAAGAGCCGACCCCACCUCAGCCAACCGGUCGUAGAGUUCCUGCUCGGUCAGCUCCACCUAUCCUGCGACUCCUCUCGGAUCCUCAUGUGCCACGCCCUGGCGGCCAUUGCAACCAACCUGCCAGUGCUGAGAGACAGCAUGCUGGGAGAUCUGGUGGACCUUUACAGAGUGGUCGGCCAUUCCUCCACCGGCGAGCAGCAGGAACUUCUGGUUUCCAUGGCGACGGUGAUUUUUGUUGCCAGCCAGUCGUCUCUGUCGGCGGAGGUGAAGAUGCUGAUCAAACAGCAGCUGGAGGGCAUUGCCAACGGCUGGACGGUGUAUCGAAUCGCACGGCAGGCCUCGCGCAUGGGAUGCCACGAGUUCUCCAGCGAGCUGUACCAGUGUCUUCGCACCCGCGUAGCGUCAGAGCACUUCUACUUCUGGCUGAACAGCCUCAAGGAGUUUUCCCAGGCCGAGCAGUGUCUGAGUCACGUGGAGGACGGAGACUACAGCGGCGCCAUGAGCGCCAUCGCCGAGGCCCUGCGCUCGUAUCAAAAGGGCAUCGCCUCCCUCACGGCUGCCAGCACUCCUCUUAGCCCGCUUACCUUCCAGUGUGAGUUCAUUAAGCUGCGUAUCGACACUCUGCAAGCCCUGUCACAGCUCGUUUGUACCUGCAACAGCCUGAAAACCAGCCCCCCGCCCGCCAUCGCCGGCACCCUCGCUUACACUUCCGGCAACGACCUACAGCGAUGCGGCCGCAUCGCAAUGCAGAUGAAGGUAUGCAUGGAGGAGUUCAGAGGUCUUGCUGCUCGUUAUGCAGAUCUGCAUCAGUCCUUGUUUGAUGCAGAUUACGCCACCCUCCGCAACGUGGAGUUACAACAGCAGAGCUGCUUGCUUGUCUCCCAUGUAAUCGAAGCUUUGAUACUAGAUCCACAAGCAGCCAGCUUUCAGGAGUACGGCGAGUUGAGAUCUGUUCAGACGGAGAGCGAAUAUGAGCGACGGAUGAUGUCUGUCUUUAAUCACGUGUUGGAGGAGGUGGAAGGGCUCUCCAAGAAGCACUCGCCCGUUUCACACCUGCACACGAGUUGUCUUUGCGAUGCUGUCAUAGCUCUGCUGAAGGUCCCGCUGUCUUUCCAAAGGUAUUUCUUCCAGAAGCUCCAGUCAACCAGCAUCAAGCUUGCGCUCUCGCCAUCACCACGAACGUUCACUGAGCCAAUCCCAGUGCAGAACAGUCAGCAGCUGACUCUGAAGGUGGAGGGUGUCGUGCAGCACGGCUCAACCCCAGGACUCUUCAGGAAGAUCCAGUCUGUCUGUCUUAAUGUCACUUCAGUGCUCCAGAGCAAGACGGGGACUGACUAUAAGAUUCCAUUAGAUACCAAAACGAAUGAGAUGGAGCAGCGUGUCGAACCUCACAACGACUACUUCAGCACCCAGUUCUUGCUGAACUUCUCUGUCCUCGGCACCCACUUGGUCACCGUGGAAGCCUCUGUGGUGGAUGAGAGCGGCAUCGAGUGGAAAACGGGGCCAAAGACGACGGUGUCUGUCAAGUCCCUGGAGGAUCCUUACUCCCAGCAGCUCCGCCACCAGCUGCAGCAGGGUGGAGGUCAGCCCGCCCCACAGAGAGGAGCUUAUGCUCGGUUUUAGUGGAUUUCUUUUGUCAUUUAGAAACUAAUUAUGUACAUAUGUUUUAUUUAAGUCUUUAAUAAAAGUCUUUAAUUUCUA